AUGGGAUUCGAAUCAACUAGUUCAGGUGUCGCAGCCAGUAUAUAUUUGGGUUUAUAUACCUUGUACCUUUUGUUGGCUAUAAAUGUUGUCAGAAAGAAAGGGUUUAAAUCCAUAUAUACGGCAUUGUUGGCAUUUGGAAUAUUUAGAGUGGGUGGACAAUUAUGUGGUGUUGCGUUUGCAGUGUUGGGAAUUCAGUAUUGGCCAUGGCUAGUCGCAUAUUUGGUGCUUACUGCAGAAGGGUACUUUUCGUUAAUUAUUGCAGCAUUUUAUUUUAUUGUCCAGUGCCAGAUAAGACAAAAUGGGAGAUCGUGGUUGUGUAAAUGUAAAGAAGAACGCAAAGAAGAGCAAGAAGCAAGCAAAUUCAAGCAUACAUCUUGUUUGUCGUGGUCAACUGUUUUUCACUUGGUAUUGGUCCCAGCAAAUGCUCUUGUUAUUGGUGGUGGUACUACGUUGACAGGAAUUGACACUGAUAGAUGGGACCAAGAGACCGACAAGAUUAAUACGUCGAAAGGGUUGAGGACAGCGGGACAAGCCAUCUUCCUCAUACAAACUAUUAUUGUAAUUUUACUUCUGGUAUAUGUGUACGUCAGAGAGAAAGUCAGAGGACACACAAUCUACUUGUUGUUUGCAGCCUCACCAUUCUUGCUUGUUAGAGGUAUAUUUGGAAUAUUGUCUAUCUUCAUAGACAAAAUGAACUACUAUCAACUCUCGAACUAUGAUGGGGCAGGCCUCACCUCAGAUUUCGUUGCUUACGAAUACUGUCUUGCAACAACCAUGGAAUUUAUUGCUGCUAGUUUAUUCAUUUCUAACUAUUACCUCGAUAAUAGCGAAAAGGAUAUUCUGGACGAAAAUUUCAGCAAGUUUGAGUCCGACGAAAGUAGUUCCAUUAAUGCAUAA